CCAGAAAGCUACUUACCUGUUGUAAACUCGACUACCAGAAUGUCUUCAGACUUUGAAGCAUACGAGCAGGACUUUGGAACAAUUACAGCAGAAAUAACUAAUAAAAUUGGCCGAAUUCCCAAACUAAGUGGAGAGGAGAAGACACAGCUGGUUCUAAAUGUCGACAAACAGCUUGAAGAAGUCAGAGAGUUGCUGGAGCAGAUGGACCUGGAGGUACGAGAGAUCCCCAUCCAAAGCAGAGCCAUGUACAACAGCAGGCUGAAGAGCUAUAAGCAAGAGAUGGAAAAGCUUGAGAAAGACUUUAAAAGGUCACGCAUUGCCUACAGUGAUGAGGUGCGCAACGAGCUCCUGGGGGAUGACGCCAGUUCUUCGGAGAGCCAGAGAGCACAUCUGUUGGACAACACAGAGAAGCUGGAAAGGUCAUCACGGAGACUGGAGGCCGGCUACCAGAUAGCAGUAGAAACUGAACAAGUGGGGCAGGAGAUUCUUGGCAACCUGCACAGUGACCGUGAGAAGAUCCAGAGAGCUAGAGAAAGGCUGAGAGAAACAGACGCCAACCUGGGCAAGAGUUCCCGCAUCCUUACCGGCAUGCUGAGAAGGUAAGAGGCAGGAUCAUCCAGAAUCGGGUCCUGGUCUUCAUCCUCGGAGCCAUCAUCCUCCUCACCAUCAUCCUGGCCAUCUAUUUUAAUGUGCGAGGCCACUGAUCUCCCCUGUACACACAUGCAUAUAUACACACAUGCACUCCCUCCCCCUAAACACAAACACAUACACACACUCUCUUGUGAUUAAUAGCGACAAAAGCGUUGUUCUGCUGUAAUUAGGACAAAUGGUCCCCAUGAAUCACUAUUUCCAAAGCCUGACAGCGAGCUUUUUUUUUUUUUUUUUUUUUCCAUUUCUCACUCUUUUUUUUGUUUGCAGUUUCUUUCCCUUUUUUCCUCCUUUCUCCUUCUUCCCUUUUACUCUCUCUUUCUCUUUCACUUUCUUCUUCUCCUUUCCCCCCUCCUCCUCUGCCUGUCAGGCUCGUUCUUACAUCUCCAGGGACUAGAACGGGGUGAGAUGUUUUUAUAAUAGUUAAUAUUUUUCAUGGUGUCGUCCUCAGCGUGGUUUGCAGCCUGGUCAUUUUUUUUGUGUAACUCAAUGCAGGGCUUUUUUUUUUAGUGUAGGUGGGUUUAGUGUUAUUCAGGGUGUGGGGAUGCAUGAAAGGCAGAGGGAAAUCGAAGUUCCGCACAGAUCUGUGGGUUUGCACGUGUGCAUGCAUGAGUGACAGUCAUGGAUGGGGGCCCUCACUGCGUUUCUUAUUGACACCAACAGUAGGCACACAUACUGUAUUAGCUUCUGUAACUAAAUGAUUCAGCUGUUCUUCUCCCCACCAAUCACCCUACCCCUGCACAGCUCAGAGGACAGUGCCUUCAGUUUAGAUAUGCUGUUCACACUCCUGCUUUAAAAGGCUCAGCAGAGCCCAAAAUAGACAAGUGGCGCUGCCUUGAAAAGUGAGGAUGCACCCAAAAAGGUUGAGGUUAGUUCAGCUUGUGUUCAUUGAAUCAAGGUGAAAGUAUUUUGGGUUUUUUUUUUUUUUUCAUUAUUAGGAGGAAACUGAUUGCAGUUUUUGUUUUCAGGAGCAAAAAAAGUGGCUAUUUUAGAGGAUUUAGAGAUUGAAGAAUAUUAAAUAAAAAUUGUUCUUUUAAUGGAUUUUAAUGCAAGAGACCUGACCUCAGCCUCCGUGAGUACAGCACAGAAACAAAGAGAAAUGCUUCAAAUGACAUUGUAACCACAUCUGGGACAUCGACCCUUCCCAAAUAUAUACUUCAUUAACUGAUUCCCAAUUAUAAGCGUCAUACUGUAUGUACUAACAUUGAAAUGGACAUCAUGUAUAGUGUUUUUGCUCUUACUAAGUGACUCUGUUGCUAUUUAUUUAUAAAUGUAGAGUUUCCAUUCAGAUUUCUGUGUUUAAAGUGUAUAUUUUUGUGAUGUUGAAAUUAUUCAGAAUUAACGUUAAUCACAUGUUUGUUUCUGUUUUGAUUUGUGGUGGUUCUCUGAUGCAGACUGUACACCAGGACCAACUGAAAUAUGUGUAUUCCUAGUUAUUCAUCUUAAAGGCUUUUUUUCUUGAUUUCUUUCUUCUAUAAAUGGAUCUAGCUUGUUUCAAA